AGCGCCACAGCCGCAGCAAAUCAUAAUCCGAAACGAGCCUCAGCCGAUCAUCAUUCACGAAGCACCGCGUGAACCCAUUAUCAUUCAGCGGGAGGAGCCCCGCUAUAUUGAAGAAAGGCAAGUCGGAAAUCGAGGAAAACGGUCGCCGUGAACAAGACUACUACGAUGAGCGUGAGUGGCGUCGCGAGCGAGGUAGAAGCGCCGAGCGUGGAGACUAUAGUGAAGAUGAUAUGAAGAUUGUACGAAAGGAGACGAGGGAUUACGACCAUGAAAGUAGCCCUCAUCACCGCAGACAUUUGGCAGAGGGCAUCAUCGCCGGCGUUGGAGCCGCAGAGCUUAUCCGCCAUCACAAGAAGAAACAGGGCGAGAACCCUGGCCACCGUGGUCGACAGCUGAUUGGGUCAGCCGCCUUGGGAGCAGUAGGAGCUGAGGUACUGUCGCGUGCAAGAAGCCGAAUGGGCUCCCGUUCGCGCUCGAGAUCUGUUUCUGUGGAUCGAUACGGUCGACGAAGACGCAGGCACCGAAGUCAUUCCCGUGUCAAAGAGCUCGCAGGGCUAGGCCUAGGUGCAGCAGCCAUUGCAGCGGCUGUCAGCUUCGCCAAUAAAAACAAUAAAAAGAAGAACGACGAUCGUGGUGAUCGCGGUGAACGCCGAAGCCGGUCGAGGAGACGACGCCAUUCCGUGACUGGGGUCGAUCGCGAAAGUCGAGCCGAAAGCAAACAUCGAGACCCGAAACACAGGAAGCAUCGAAUCGCCGAAGCUGGUGCGGCGUCCGCUGCGGCCGCUGCAUUGAUUGAGCAUGCACGCAGUCGCAGCAGGUCGCGCCAUGGCGGACGCUCACGCUCACGAAGCCGUCUUCGCAAGGGAUUGCCAAUUGCUGCCGCCGGGCUAGGAGGGGCUGCCGUCGCUGGCCUGUAUGAGCGUAAUCAGAAAGAAAAGGAGGAGGCUGAAGAUAGUAGGAGACGCCAUGACCAUCGCAGAGGGUCAAGGUCGCGCUCGAGAUCUGCGUCUGCGCCAUACUCCGAAGCAGGAAGAAGUCGAGGCACGGCGAGCGACCCCGGGUUGAUCGAAUACGGAGACCAGCCCGUGUAUACAGCAGACUACUAUGGCGUACCUACCGGUCGGCGUGAUAGUUACUACGAUGGUGCUGCAGUCCCAAUCGCUGCUGGGGCCGGUUAUGGAGCUGCGAGAUCUCAAACCUUUCCGCAGGAGCGGCAACUUAGUCGAAUGAGCAGUCCCAGCUCCGAUGAAGAGCGUAGAAGGCAUCGAAGCAGCCGCGACCGUGGCCGCAGCGGCAGUCGCAGUCGAAGCCGUAGCCGAAGCAGACACUUGGCUGAGGCCGCAGCCGUUGCUGGAGCCGCGGGCCUUGCGGCAAAUGAGAUUGGCAAACGACGCGAGAGGAAGAAGCAAGAUAAGGAGCGGCGACAGAUUAAUUUGUUUCACAGGUCGCGCAGAAUCAGAUCCGUAUAGUGACGGGUAUGGCGGAUCCUACCACCCAGAACCAUAUGGCCCGCCUCCCACGGCUCCUUCAAUGGCAGAUUAUGCCCCUUCGGAUUACUACCCCAACACGAACAAUUUCCCUCCUCCGCCAACUGGCAAUAAUCCAUACCCGCCGACUCCAGUCUACAAUCCUGCAGACUAUCUUCCACCAGCGCCAGGUGCGGCGGCUCCCCGGCAACUGCCCGAACACAGCGCGCAC